AAGAGAUGCUGCGCACAUCUACGGCUUUUUUGAUCCGUCUCUGCAUCAUAACUCUUCCGAAGGGAUGACUUCGGACAAGUGUAACUUUCUGGAGGGCUCGCAAAGCAGAAUAGGAGCCAUGCUGACAUCUAAUGUUUCCAAGUCAGCGGGGGGAGAAAACGCCACCAGGACUGACGCUGCUUGCAGUUACGUGUCGGUGGUUUUCCCCAUCACCAUGAUGGCUACGGGCAUGGUUGGCAACUCUCUGGCUCUCAUCCUGGUCUACAUCUCCUAUAGGAAGAAGGAAAACCGGAGGAAGAAAUCCUUCUUGCUUUGCAUUGGCUCUCUAGCCCUGACCGACCUGUUUGGCCAGCUCCUAACGAGUCCGAUAGUGAUCUCGGUUUAUCGGUCCGAUUUGAGUUGGGAGCGCAUCGACUCAUCGGGCAACUUGUGCGCCUUCUUCGGCGUGUGCAUGACCACUUUCGGCCUGUGCGCGCUUUUCAUGGCCAGUGUCAUGGCCAUCGAGAGGGCCACAGCUAUCACCAACCCGCACUGGUACUCCAACCACAUGAAGACCAGCGUGACCAAGCAGACUUUGGUGGUCAUCUGGUGCUUAGUGUUGCUUUUCGCCCUCCUGCCAGUCGCGGGAGUCGGGAAGUACACGCGCCAGUGGCCAGGAACGUGGUGCUUUAUCAGCACCGGGGACAGAGAAGUACCAGGCAACAUCUUUUUCUCCUUCACUUUUGCCUUACUGGGGAUUUUCUCACUACUUGUCACUGUGUCCUGCAACGUGGUGACCAUUCGCGGCCUGAUUAUUCGCUGUAAAACCAAGUCUGGUACCUCACAGGCCUCCAAACAUUGGGAAAGACUGACUACGGAGACGGUCAUUCAACUCAUGGGGAUUAUGUGCGUCCUGCUUGUGUGCUGGUCUCCUCUACUGGUGCUGAUGUUGAAGAUGAUCUCCACGCAGGUGUCCUCCCAUGAAUGCAAUUCGUCAGAAGAGAGCUCCCAGCCCUACUCGGUGCGAGACGUCCAAUUGGACUGCAACUUCUUCCUGACCGCUAUUCGCUUGGCUUCGCUCAAUCAGAUCCUGGACCCAUGGGUUUAUUUGCUCCUCAGAGAGAUCCUCCUUCGCAAGUUCUGCCUAGUGGCCAACGCUGUAUCCAACUGCUCCAUAGAGGAUCAGAAGGAGACCCAAACAGCUUUGGAUGCACUAAAUAAGCAGAACCAAGAAAGCCUCCAGAAACCACAAAGUAACAAAGGAGACCUAUAAUUCGAGAAGGAUUUGCUUGUUUUAUAACUCAUUAAUUGGAGCUAAACACAAUGGAGAACUUGCAUGUGGAGUUUUCUUUUUAGAAGUGAGUUGACAUUCAUGUCACCCCAUUUCAUCUCAUCUUCUACCGGAGGUUUCCUUGUAUUAUAACAUUCCAAAGAAGCUUAACUCUAAAGUGCAAUGAUGCAUCUUUUUUUUUGUCAUCACAUUUUUGCACUUAAAUGUAAACAGGAAUGUAAUUUUUUUAGUGAAAACUUUUGCAGAAGAAGAUUAUUUAUUAAUGGUGAAUAUAAUGGAUAACAUAAUAUUCAAUAUCACUGAAUGGUAGCGGCUACUGUAAUGCAAAAAAACUGCUACAGUGUCACAGAUGGGUGACUUUAAGUUUCCAUCAACAAGUGAACUUAUUAUUAAGGGUUGAGUUUAUUCAAAGUGUACAAUAUUUGUAAAGUUUGCUCUUUGUGCCAAACAGUUUCUCAGCAUGAGGGAAAGGCAGCAGUCAUUACUUCAUGUGAUGUACAGACACCCUUAUCUUUCUGAUUGUGGUUCAAUAUCUAUUUUAUUUAUGAUAUAUUAUUUUGAAAAAACAGCCUGUUUUGGAAUUCCAAUGGAACAUUGUAAACAAGAUACCAUAGCUAUGCCUUUCUCAGCACAUAUGCCAACAAGAUUGCUUAUAAUCACCUAUCAGUCACGCACAUCGUGGUACAAUACCGGAGCUAUGUCUUUCCUGUAUCCAUGUAAAUUUAGCAUUUACAUGCUCAUCAACCAAAUCAAGAAUAUUUCUUAGUUUUACAUGAAAUAAAACAAAUUAUAUGAUAAAACAAUGGAUGUGCAAUGAGUUUGACACAUGGCCUCUUAAUUUUUAAAUGUGAGAAAAUAUGGUAGAUUAAUAUAAAAUCCCCACAGAAGUUGAUAGUUAUGAAUAAUCCAGUAAUUUGAAGUGCUGCUUUCAAUUGCAAGCUCAGAUGUAAUUAAACACCUCCACAACCUGUUUAACAUUUACAUUUAAAAUAAUUUUUACUUAUUGGUUUGACUCAAUCAGUCCCAAGGUGAAUCUGAGCCAUGUUUUCUCAUUUUAAUUCACCCACGCAAACUGUAGGAGUAGACUAUUAAAUGUUUUUUUGUGCCUGAAAAACGGAAAAUGCCUGCUGUAUGUUUAUCUUUUGUCCAAGAUACACAAUAAAUGAUAAAAUAAUAAAUACAAUUUGUUUAACCGCCCCCCCAAUCAACCAAAAACCUAAACAUGAAUGCAUAUUUUCUUUGUUUUUUUCUGCAGAUGAAAAAAUAUUUUUUAGUUUGUUUGCCUGGGGAAACAAAUGUGUGUUUUAGCUUUUGGAUCGACCACAUUUAAUAUUUCUCUCUCCUCUUUAUUCACAAACAUGAUUAUUUUGGUUCUUUGGAGCAAAAGUACUUGCAUUAUUGAACUGCCUUGAUUUUUAAAUGAAAAUGAAUGAUUGUGUCCUUGGAAUAGUAAACCACUAUUGACUUUGAAGAAGGGUUUUUAAUUGGACAGCAAAGUAAUGCUUACUGGAAUGCCUGAAAGGAAAAAUAAACUGAACGUGUGUGAGUGACCUGAGUAAAAAGAAGAUACAGUGGUAUGAAAAAGUAUCUGAACUUUUGAAUUUCUCAUAUUUUCUGCAUAAAAUUACCAUCAAAUGUGAUCUUUGUCAAAACCACACAGAUGAAAAAACUGUCAGCUUUAACGACCGCCACCCAAACAUUUAUAGGUUUUUGUAUUUUUAUGAGGAUAGUAUACAAACAAUGACAGAAGGGGGAAAAAUAAGUAAGUGAACCAUGACAUUUAAUAUUUUGUGCCCCCGACCCCUUUGGGAGCAAUAACUUCAACCAGAUUCUUCCUGCAGCUGCAGAUCAAUCUGGCACAUCAAUCAGGCCUAGGGAUGGGAAUUGAUAUGAUUUCUACGAUUCCGAUUCCAUUAUCGAUAUUGCCUAACGAUUCGAUUCUUUAACGAUUCUCUUAUCAAUUCUAAUUUGGGGAAAAAGAAGAACAAACGUUUUGAUUGGCAUCGAGUUUGUUUAAUCAGAAGUCAAAACCUUACAAACUCACAAAGAGGUCAAAAGAGGCCCAAAGUCUCAAUGGUAACUGUGGAAAUAAGUGGCAAAUACACAACAAUGUGUAAAAUUUUACUGAAACAUUUUUCUAAUAGAAAUUUAAAAAAAAAAAGGUAUAUAUUGGCUUAUAGGUCGUUGUUCUGCCUUUGGCAAUAUGUGUUAAAGUGUAUUAUUUACCAUUAUAUUGAAAUGCAUGGCUUUUAGUUUUUAGUGUGCGUUCACACUCAAGUGGGGGCGCCCUUGCGCUUACUCACGCGAAGAAGAACGCGCUCACGUGAAGAAGAGCGCGCUUACAAGCGAAGAAGAAGUGCAGUUACAAAGCAUCCCAGCGAGUUAGUGAGAGAGGGAAACACUGCUACGAGCCUACGUUCUUUGUUAAUGGUUUUAAAAUAUCUACAGAGGCAACUCCUGUAUGUAUCAUUUUUCUGUUGUUGUUGCUGUGUGUUUCCACUCGUGAUCGGACACUUAAAUCCAGUUGUGUAGUGGUUUGAAUGAUGUGCUAAUGCUAGCGAACGCAUGCUAACUUUGUUUUAUUACUGUAUUAGCAGCUAAUCAUCGCUGAUUUAUGUUGAUGCGAACCUGUUUGUUAUUGGGGACGGAAUUGAUUUGUUUCAUUUCUAUUUUUAGUUUCACUCUUCAAGUGAUGGUGUCAUAACGACGGCUGAAUAAAGUCAGCAUAUUUUACCAACGUCUUCUGCAUCGUCAUUGGGACUUUAGCUCGCUGUAUAGCCAGGACUGAGCCUUAGCGUCUCGGUGAGGACAGUACAGUCGUAUUCCCCCCCGACGCAGUUAUCUCCACCUUGCAAUGACUACAAGUCGCUUUGUUGUAAUUUUUCCUCGUGAAGUGAAGACACUCUUUCAAGCGUUUGAACCUAUGCGCUGUUAUUGUUAUGUUUACGGCUGCAAUGCUCGUGCUAAACCAUCGUAAUCUUUCAUUUUCACCCUCUUUCCUGGUGAAGUGUAGCUGAACUUUGGAGCGAGUGGUUCUUGGCGCCAUGCUAGUUAGAUGCGUCUGGACAACAAGACACGUCACGUCACGUGCUGACGCAACACACGUCUUUAGGAAUCUUUAAAGGGAUCGUUAAGGCUUUUUCAUUGUGAUGUCGAGGCCUUGAAACACUAGGAACCGGUUCGGAAUUGGAAUCGAAUUUCGAUUCCCAUCCCUAAUCAGGACUAAUCUUGGCCCAUUCUUCUCUACAAAACUGCUGUAGUUCAGUCAGACUCCUGGGAUGUCUGGCAUGAAUCGCUGUUUUGCCAAAGCAUCUCAAUCGUGUUAAAGUCUGGACUUUGACUUUGCUACUCCAGAACGUGUAUUUUGUUCUUCUGAAACCAUUCUGAAGUUUAUUUACGUCUGUGUUUUGUAUCAUUGUCUUGUUGCAGCAUCCAUCCUCUUUAUAGCUUCAACUGUCUGACAGACGGCCUCAGGUUUUCCUACAAAUCAUCCUGAUAAAUUUUUGAAUUAAUUCUUCCAUUAAUGAUUGCAAGUUCUUCAGGCCCUGAGAAAGCAAAAAAGCCCCAAAUCAUGAUGCUCCCUCCACCAUGCUUCACGGUGGGGAUGAAGUAUCGAUGUUGGUGAGCUGUUCCAUUUUUCCUCCACACAUGACGUUGUGUGUUCCUCCCAAACAAUUCAACUAAACUUCUGUGGAGUGUCCAGUUGCCUUUGUGCAAACAUUAAACAAGCAACAAUGUUUUUUUUUAGACAGCAGUGGCUUCCUUUGUGGAGUACUCCCAUGAACACUAUUCUUGGCCAUAGUUUUACAUAUAGUUGAUGUGUGCACAGAGAUAUUUGACUGUGCCAGUGAUUUCUGUAAGUGUUUGGCAGACACUUUAGGGUUCUUUUUUAACUCUAUUCUGCGCUGAACUCUUGGCGUCAUCUUUGGUGGACGGCCACUCUUUGGGAAAGAAGUAACAGUGCCACACUCACUCCAUUUGCAGCUAUCUUCUCUGACUGUCGAUUGAUGAACAUCCAGACUUUUAGAGCUGGUUUUGUAUCCUUUCCCAGCUUUAUACAAAUCAACAAUCCUUGAUCACAAGUCUUCAGACGGCUCUUUUGACCGAGCAAUGAUGCACAUCAGACAAUGCUUCUCAUCAAGACAAUUCUUACCAGGUGUGUGUUUUAUAGUGGGCAGGGCAGAUUUAAACCACUCAUCAGUGAUUGGGCACACACCUGACUUAAAUUGUUUGGUAAAAAUUGCUUUAAAUUGCUCUUUAAGUCUCCUUAGGCAGAGGGUUCACUUACUUAUUUCCCCCCCUUCUGUCAUUGUUUGCAUGCUAUACUUAUUAAAAUAUGAAAACCUAUAAAUGUGUGGGUGGUUUUAGUUCAAGCAGACACUGUUUUUACAUCUGUGUGAUUUUGACAAAGAUCAGAUCACAUUUGAUGGUGAUUUUAUGCAGAAUUACUUUUUCAUACCACUGUAUUCUCUCCAAUCAUCCAGCUCUUAUGGGUUUGCCAUCUUAUCAGUUUACACACUUUUGAAGGUAAUGAUGUUUGGCCUCAUUAAUAGGUCACAAAUGUUGUAAUUUUUGUUUACACAAUUUUUUGUUUUAAGCUUUAAUUGGCAGAAGCACUUUCUGCAGAAAAUCAAAACUUGAGCUCAAUAUUUUGAUUUAAUGAUGGUCAAUCCAUGUUCUUGAUGAAUGCAUACAGAUUUGGCUAGCACACACACACACACACACACACACACACUUAAAUAUUGCAGCUUGCAUGUUAAUCUUUGAGAUGAAACGGUGCCAUCGCUUUUACAUUCAUGAAUUUGAUGCAGUAAACACAUUCCGAGCACAUUUGUAAAAUAUUACAUGCAUAUCAUGUAAACUGGACAUUUUCUCCAACCAAAAGUAGGGAAAUAGAAAAAGAAAGCAUUCUUUUUGGAUCUGACUUUACUGACCCCUGAGACCCGAUUCUCAGAUGAGGGCUAUUCACAUUCAUGCUGCAACACUGCUAUUAGCAUUUUAUAAAGAAAUGCUCAGUGCUUUUGUGUUCAGUGUAAGAGUACUGUGUAAUAGGAAUGCUACAGUUUUGCGACCCGUCUUUGAAGUCUGAUGCGUACUUAUAAUUCAUUUGCACUUGAAACGUGGCUACUUUAUGUGGUGCUGUAAUGUUGUGAGUCUAUUAAAGAAAA